AUGGUAGAAUUAGCCGACGAACAAACCCUCGGUCUAAAUGUUGAGAGAAGAGAAGCCGAGCAGGAUCGCUCACCUCAUGUGCUGCGGCACCGGGUAGAAGAGCGCUUCUCGGGCGGCAGCACGGGCGUCCCCCAGAGCCGGAACGAGAAGCGCAGCCCAGCCCGGCAACGUUCCCCGGGACUCCCCGCGGUGGUUACCGUGGCGACAGCCGCAGGCCCCCACUCGGGCUGCCCUCGCCAGUGCCUGCGGGACGCGGCGGCUGCUGACCGGCUCCUGCCGCCGCGGACCUUCACCCCGGGUGAGGGCAGUGGCGAGGCUGAAGCACCGGAGCAGCGUUUAGCGGCGAGUCCGAACGGCGUCACGGAGCGAGGGGCGGACAGCGCCCAGGGGGGUCAGGCGGACCGGCAGUCGCCCGGGCCGGCCGUCGCCCGGGCCGGCCGUGAGGCCCUGGGCAGUGGGCCCGCCAUGGCGGGCGGGUCACGGCCGUGGAGGGCCAGGGCGCUGCUCCGCGCUGGGCUGGCCGCAUUCUUCUGCGCUCUCCAUGUGCAGGCUGCUUGUCAGGAUGUCACAGUCACACAGGAGCUGCUGAAAGAGGGGUUUCAUAGGGACCUGCUGCUGAAGGUAGAACUUGGUGUAAUGGGGAAGGAUGCAGGAGGAUGCACUGUAGCUGCUAGAACUCAUCUUCCAUCAGGAAUCUACGUGGACCCCUAUGAACUGGCAUCGUUGCAGCAGCAGAAUUUAACAAAGGCAGUGCUAAUUCCUGCUGCCAUCGAUGUGGAGGCUCCCGAGUACUUAGCCACGGAUCUUGUUGUUCUCCUGCCCAUGGAACGGGACCCGCGGUGCUCUGGCUGUUUCAGAGCUGCCGUGCCUGUGCAUGGGCGGUACCACCGGCCUGCAGCAGACAGCGAGGAAGCACUGGUUGUUCUGAAGAGCCCAGAAGUACUGGUCUGCUGCUGUGACAGUGACCUGUCAGCAGAGUGUUGGAAGCCUGCUGAAGUGGAAGCUCCCUGUUCAGGCAAAACCAACGGUCCCUGUCAGUGGUACAGCAUAAGGCACAAACCUGUAUAUGAGGAAUCAAUUCUGCAUGUUCCAGUGGGGCUCAGGCAGCACAGUUCCUUAGUGUGUGUCGUGACUCUUCUUGUCACAGUGCUCUGCUCCAGCCUGAUUCUCGCAGCAGCGUGCAAAUAUGGACACUUCUCCCUGGUGACCUGCUCAGAAUAAAGAAUGGAAGGACUGACCUCCAUCCAGCAAAAUGAACUGAAUAUUACAUCAGCUUCCUAAAAGAAUUCUAUUUUACUGUUAUUUAUAUCUUACUAACAUGCAAGGGUCCCAUAGUGGGAUAUAGUUCCCUUGGCUUAAUUCUUACAAACACCUUUCACACAGCAGAAGACUGCUUUGGUGUGCUGUCAGUAGACAAAGCAGAUGGAGCAAAAAGCUGGAAUGCCUGCCACAGUCUCCAAGCCCAUUGCCUCCCCCUGGCCCAGAGCUGCUUUAACUGCAGUGUUUCCUCUUGCAGAGGUGUUUGUAUACCUUGAAUUUAAACCACUAGACUCAGGGAUUGGUUAUUAAGGGUAUGAGAAA